AAGAGAGCGGUCCCUUUGGCCCCACCCUCUCAGUCAGCUCAACCCCGCCCACUUCCUGCCGGGCGGUCUCUGAUGUCAGAGGUGCGCUGUUGUGCGCGGACGACAGUACCGGGAGCGGAAGUGCUCUUGGCGGAAGUGCUGGUUGCGCGAAUCCUGGGUGGGAUGGCCGCAGGCAGGCGCUUUCUAAGGCUGGUGCGAGCCCCCUGCAGUUCCAUGGCUCAGAGCCCCCUCCCGGGCGUGCCCCCCUCCAAGGGCCUGCACGCGGGGCACGGGCCCCGAAGGCUCUCCAUCGAAGGCAACAUUGCCCUGGUUUGGGAAGUGUCCCAAUACAUGCUGUUUGCAUUGCAGCUGUGGGAAAGUCCAGCUUUGUGAAGUUACUCACGAAAAGGUACCCAGAGUGGCACGUAGCUACAGAACCUGUAGCAUCAUGGCAGAAUGUCCAGGCAGCUGGCCCGCAAAAAGCCUUCAGUACUCUAAAUCCCGGAAACUUGCUGGAUUUGAUGUACCAGGAGCCAGCACGAUGGUCCUACACAUUCCAGACAUUUUCUUUUAUGAGCCGCCUAAAAAUACAGCUGGAGCCCUUCCCCGAGAAAGUCUUACAGGCCAAGAAAGGGGUACAGAUCUUUGAGAGGUCUGUGUACAGUGACAGGUAUAUCUUUGCAAAGAAUCUGUUUGAAAAUGGCUCCCUCAAUGACAUGGAGUGGCAUAUCUACCAGGACUGGCAUUCUUUUCUCCUGCAGGAGUUUGCCAGCCGGCUCCAAUUACACGGCUUCAUCUACCUUCAGGCUACUCCCCAGGUUUGUUUGAAGAGACUGCACCGGAGGGGCAGGGAAGAAGAGAGAGGAAUUGAGCUGGAAUAUCUUGAGCAGCUUCAUGGUCAACACGAGGCCUGGCUUGUUCACAAGACCACCAAGCUGCACUUCGAGGCUCUGCUGAACAUUCCAGUGCUGGUGUUGGAUGUCAGUGAUGAUUUUUGUGAAGAUGUAACCAAAGAAGAAGAAUUCAUGGAAAAGGUAAACACCUUCGUAGAUACUUUGUAACCAAUACUAGGAUGUUGUGGCUGUGAUCGGGGCUUCUAGGACUUUCUGAAGCUAGAAAAACACGGAGCCAGCCACCUUUCCAUCCCCACCCCCAUGGCCUUUUGCUCUAGGGCUCUGACACUCCACUGUGGUGUCUGUUACCUAAGAUUAUGCCAUGGUCUUCUUUUGUAUCUCAAAGUCUUCUAAAUAAAGUUUAUUUUAAGUUUUGUUUAUUUUGCUAA